AUGGCGUCCCGCAUCGAUAAGGUCAUCGCCCGCCAGCGAGAAAAGAUCGCCGACGGCGCCUACUAUGAAGCUCACCAGCAGCUACGUGUCAUUGCUGCCCGAUACAUCAAGCAGUCCAACUACGAUGCUGCAGCGGAAGUCUUGGCUGGGGGUGCGAAAGAGCUGUUGAAAGCUGGCUCUCAACAAGGUGCUUCUGCCAGUGGUGGCGAUCUGGCGAUCAUGCUGGUGUUGGAGGUGUACAACAAAGCAGAAUGGGAAAUCAAGGGUGGCAGUGAUGAUGCGGAGGGUCGGGCUCGUAAUAAGCGCCUGAUCGAGCUGCUUCGUGAAUUCCCAUCCGAAGAACCUACACGCAAGAGAUUUAUCCAGGAAAUAAUGGGAUGGAGUGGAAAGUUCGGGCCUCUGGAGAGGGGAGAUCCAGAACUACACCAUGCUGCCGGCUCAGUGUACGCCGAAGAUAACGAGCCAUACGAUGCCGAGAAACAUCUCAUCCUCGGAACCUCCGAAUCGGCCGAGACGCUGGCGAAACUCGAGUAUGAGUGGUACACCAGCGACGAACCACACACCGCAGCGAUAUAUGCGUCUCGCGCAGUCUUUCCAUACCUCCUCACUGGCAAUCUUCGCAGCGCAAACAAAGCCAUGCUCAUUUUCACAUCGAAGCUCUCAGCCGCCAACCCCCAGCUUGGUGUGCAGGAUGUCAGCAGUUCCAGCUCGGAUACCCGUGUAUUCCCUGCGCUGCCAUUGAUGAACUUCAUCAGCUUGCUGCUGUUGAGUAUCCAGCGCGGAGGUGCAGAUAUCUUCCGCCAGCUUACUGCACACUACGCGGCACAGAUUAAAGCAGUGGGUAUCUGGGAUGAUGCGCUAGCGCAGAUUGGCGAGCAGUACUUUGCUAUCAAGAUCCCAAGACAAGGAAACCCUUUGAUGGAUAUGAUGAGUGGUAUGUUGUUCGGAGGUGGACAGGGUAAUGCGGGCAGGCAACAAUCCAGAGCGAAGAAGGUCGAGGCACCACCGGCAAGCAUGGAGCUUGAUUAA